GUGUAUUUAGGACUAAUGUGGGUAUUCAAUGGAAGAAUCCCGAACUACACAAAAAACUCAUGAAAACAUGAAUUGAUAUUGGACUACAAAAACUUUUUUUGUUCAUUUAGGAAAGCAGUUCUUUUCGAAUUUCGUACUAUUUCGGAACUAAAAAGUCCGGGUGGUAUUAAAUUCCGGUUGUUGCGUUUUCUGGUAAACUCAAACAGUUCGAUACAUUUACAACCAUUCGUCUUGGAAAGAAACAUGCCUCCGACAAUAACAAACAGGGAAUUAAAAAAUAAAGCAACUGGUAUUGAUAUCAUUGUACCAGAAUAUCAAGUUAUUCCAGGAAAGAUUGUCAAUACAGUAUUGUAUCACAUUAUUGUCAUAACUCGAUUGUUCUACUUUAAAACAAGACAACACAAAGAAUCUGAUUUGGUGCAGUUUGCUGUUGCUAAGAGGUAUGAGGAUGUGGAGGAGCUACACUCUAAAUUGGUUGCAAAAUUUCCAAGUGUAAAUUUUCAACCUUUACCAAAACUUUCUCUUAUUAUAACUGAAAAAACCCUGAAUGAACGCAAAAAGUUCUUGGAAGAAUUGCUUGGUCUUGUGGCUAAGACACCAAAACUCUGCUCAAGUUCUCCAGUCUUGAGUUUUCUUGAUGUAAACAAGAUUACUAUAAAACAGAAUAAGCUUCAAAAACCAGAAAUGACAGAAAAACCAACGGAGACUGCAGAAGUGUCUUUGGAAGAUAAGGAAAUAGAUCGCGAUAUCUUUGGUGUUACAGAACUAGAAGAGUCAGAUGAAGAUGAUAUGUCAAGCAGUGAUGAUACAAAAAUUGAGGAUGUAAAACAACCAAAUGAUCCACUUUCCAAAACUGAAAAAUUUCACAUGAGCAUAGAGUCAUCAGUAGUUGAUGAUGAAAAAGCUGACAUUUUUAUAAAAUCUAGUGGAAAGUUUUCAUUUGGUAACCAUGAAGAAAAAGAGACAGAUAUUAGUGAUUUGUUUAUUCCCGAAGAAGCCAAGAAAUUUGAUAAAGUUGAUCUCUUUCUCAGUGAUGAUGAACCAGAUUUAUUCAAAAUUGAAGAUGAUCUAAACUUAUUGUUGAAUGUUUCUACAAAGCAUAAAUCUAAAUCAGAUUUCAAAUCGCACCCUGCACCAAAACCAGAUCUCAAAUCGCACCCUGCACCCAAACCAAAUCUCAAGCCUCGACUUACACCCAAACCAAAUCUCAAGCCUCGACUUACACCCAAACCAGAUCUCAAGCCUCGACCUACUUCCAGACCAGAUCUUAAACCUCGUCCUACUCCCAAACCAAGGUUUGUGGGUUCAGAUGCUGAUGUAGACUUCUUGGCCCAGUCAGAUAAAUCAGCCAAACCAGUCAAGUCAAAUAAGUCAACAGAUGAUGUGGAUAAAUUGUCAAAAGCUACAGAUGAAAGAAACAAGUCUGAGUUAGAAGGAACUCGACCAAAACCAAAACCUAGAACAAGAUCUAAGAAUGUUGACAUUCAGGUGAAAACUGACCAGAAUACAACAGAUGGUUCUAAAUCGAAAAUAUCAGAAUCGAAAUCCGAGACACUGGAUGAUAUAUUUGGAAAACCUUCAACAAAGGAUUUUUUAAGUGGUUUAGAUGACGACGAUGAUGAUUUAUUUAAAUCGUUGGACGACUCAGAAGAUAUCACAAAAUAUAUUAAGAAAAACAUUGCGCUAAACGAUGAUGUCAACUUGUUCUCAUGACGCAAGGAAGCUAGGAGAAUGACAAAUAAUUGAGUAUAGAUUUGGACUCGUGCGAUUUGGAAAUUGUAUUUGUUUGUAGACGAAUUUAUGAAAAAAUGUAAUUGAAUACUGAAAUUAGAGAAUAUUUUUUUA